UCAUUUUCAUGAGAUAACUAUUUUUUUGUCAUUUUGUUUAUAGAAAAUAUGCAAUAUGAUGCAAUUUAGCAAUACAUUCAUAGAAUAUUUGAAAUGUUGUGUCGAAAUUAUUCCAGAUUGUGUCAAAAACUUAGAAUAAGAGUGUGCUGACUCUCUGUGUGUAUGUUGGAAUCAUUGGAACUAAGUUAUACAUAUGUUAUAUGUAUACUGCCACACACAGUUAUACAAUUACAGUUAACAACUCUUUAUGCCACUUUAAUUCGCACCUGGAUUUUAUAUUUAAAAUAUCAACAUGACAUACAAGAAAUAAAUUAAUUAUGAAAAUAAAACCCUAUCUUAACUACGUUUGUAAUUUAAAAAAAAUUGGAACCUGUAUUGUUGCUAUUGGAGGCUGUUGGUUUAUCUAUCAAGUCCGAGAAACAUCACAGAAAUUUCAGUCUGUUGUAGCUACCAAUGCUUUAAAGUUGGAACAAACUCAAGCUCAAUAUAUUUACUUGGACGAUCCGCUAUUUAAAGAUGACUUUAAUAGUUGUGAGGAAAGUGAUCAGGAAUUACCUGCUUCAAGAAAACCUAUAAUAUUUUCUAAUGUCAUGAAAUGGUGGAAAUCUUGGAAUUUUUCUCUGGCACGUCGAUAUUUAGAAAUAGCCAAAAAUGGCAAUAAAUAUGAACAACAAAGAGCUGUUAAUUCUUUAGGAUCUUUGAAUCAUUUAAAAGACUGGCAUUAUCGUUUUUUAGCUCAAAUUUUAGAUGCCAAAACUGCAGUAGCACUUGCUAGAAUGCCCAAUUGUGAUCUACGUUUUUUUCUAAAAUCUCCGUACUAUUAUAUUGAUAGAAAUCUCUAUGAAAUAAUUGAUGAUCUCUAUCAACUACUUGUUAAUAUGGAGAAAUUGUGUGGAAGCCAUCAUCGCUGUCUUUCUGAAUUUAUUAAUAAAAAGUUUCUCAACUCCCAUCGAAAAACAUUGGAAUUUGAUCAUGACCUUUCAAGCGUUGACUUUACAGCAACCCCAGGAAUUCCUUGGGAUCAGCAACUAUUAAUUAAUUGUAUUCAAACAAUAUAUCAUCAUUCAUCAAUUGAUCAAUUCAGCAAAGACGUUGGAAAGGCUCAUGGUUUACUGAUUCUAAUGGAAAUUCAAAAAAAAUUUUCAGAUAACGUAGAUGUGUGCAUUUUGCUUGCAAGAAUAUUAUCAAACCUUUCACUCCAUAUAGAGUACUUAGAUGAUAUAUUCACAUCAGGUUGGAUUGGAGUAUUAGCUGCUUGGUCUCGACAUAAAGAUAUUCGACUUGCAGGACCAGCUGCUAGAACUUUGUUAAAUUUAGAUGUUGACGGAAAUAAUGGAGAAAAGUUUCCUCGCAGAGUUUAUUUACUACAUCCAACAGAAAGAACAAAAUCUACACCUAAACUCGAUGUUAUUUUUAUUCAUGGACUUCUUGGAGGUGUUUUUAUUAGUUGGAGACAAAGAGAUGCAGAAAUGUCCCUUGCAUCCGUGGAUUCUACUUUAAAACUGGAAUCUAAUUCUUUAACUUCAAUCAUUGGAGAACAUCCUCAAGAGAUUUUUCAUGACUUAGCUAAGGAUUUAGAAAAUAUAGAAUGGCAAAAAAUCGGUGAAGACUUUGAAGUUGUUCUUUAUGACUGUCCAACCUCAAUGAAUACCGCAGCUAAUGGUCCUUUCACUUGUCCUGGGUAUGAAAUUUCUGACGAAGAAGAGAGAAUUAAUUGCAACAAAAAACGAACUGAAUGUUGGCCAAAGGACUGGUUGCCUCAAGAUGUGCCAUCAAUCCGAGUUAUCGGUAUAAAUUAUGAAAGUAAUUUAUCAAUGUGGAGUCCACCGUGUCCACUGGAAAGUCCAAGAAGCACAAUAAGUGAAAGAAGUAAUGAGUUUACAAAAAAAUUGCUAUCUACUGGUGUUGGGAAACGUCCAAUAGUAUGGGUAUGCCAUUCGAUGGGAGGAUUAUUAGUUAAAAAUAUGCUCGUAGAGGAAUGGAAAGCUGAAGAUAAACAUAAAUUCUGUGAAAAUACCAAAGGAAUAAUUUUUUAUAGUACUCCACAUCGUGGUUCUCACGUUGCUGCAUUAAAACAAACGACGCAAAUGCUUGUUUGGCCUUCUGUAGAAGUUCAAGAACUCAGAGAAGGAUCACCCCAUCUUCUUAAACUCCAUGAUGAUUUUCUUCAAAUGCUCAAAAAAAAUCCAAUAAGAAUAGUAAGUUUCAGCGAAACAAAACCUACUCUUGUUACUGCACUGAAAUUCCCGCUUCAAUUCGUUACAUCACAAUCAGCAGAUCCUGGUGUUGGUGAAUUUUAUGAAAUUCCUCAAGAUCAUUUAUCGAUAUGUAAACCAGCGAAUAAGCAUUCAUUUUUGUAUAGAAAAAUUGUACAUUUUUUAAAGAACAUAUUAAAAACGGAUAAUAAACUUUAUGAUUAGAAAUAUUUAUAAAAAAAAUCAU